GUUAAGUUUCAUUGCAACGUAUGCUUGCAAAGUUGCACAUCCAACUUUCUCUUUCUCGUCCAUGCUUGCUAAAUGGUGACUUCCCUCUUUCUCUGGCUUCUGCAUCUUCUGCAUGCUUCGCUAGUGUUUCUGACAACAAGACUUCAAAAACGUCGAUACUCGCCCCCUCAACCCGUCACUGCAUACCGCAGUAAGCUACCAAAACACUUGGCAAUCGUUCUGGUCUCCGGUGAUACAGCGUAUCCUAAGCACACAGAGGAACUCUAUUUGGAGUGCUUAACUAGGGUUAUCAAAUGGUGCAGAGCGUUAGGUAUCGAGCAGCUUACUGCAUAUGAUACCGAUGGUGUACUGUUGAGGUGCUCUGACGUUAUUCAGGAACGCCUAGCACGCCACGAUGAUUUGCCCACCGACGAGAGUGAAUCUGAACUCGAAUAUCCAUUGACCCCUCCACUUUCUGAGCCAUCGGAGUCAAGAAGCCACUCGCCCGACUUGCCCGUAGAACUAAACGUUACAACGGUGCGCUCCUUCCAGACGCAUUGUAAGCAGAGAGAGGUUGCAGUUCGCCGACGAGCGCACCACAAGCAAUCUCUUUAUAAUCCUCUGACACUCCAUAUAAUUUCACGUAGUGCCUCAAAAGCUGCCAUCGCGUCUGCUGCACGUUCCCUUUUAGAUGAAGAAUUUCGCAGGCGCCAGAACAGUCAUGACCUGAACCACGCCAAAGCAUACCAACUUCCCAUAUCUGAGUUCAACUCGAUAUUAGAAGGAGGACUGCCAUCACCGGAUUUCAUGAUCGUGCAUCAUAUCUACCCCCAAGACCCCCAGCCUCCUGUCGAACUACAUGGGUUUCCUCCGUGGCAGAUCACGCUGACAGAAAUACACCGGACUAUGAUUCAUGACGUCGUCGGUCCCCUGAAAUAUUCGCACGCAUCUUCAAUAAUCACCGAGGAAGCGUUCUGUCACGCCCUAGACGAGUAUGCUGGCGCUCAAUUUCGAUUAGGGAAGUAAUUUUAAUAUCUUGUAGCUCGUCAAUGGUUGUACAUUUCAUCCUGUGAUCCCUGGCCGAUGUAUCGCACACUCGGACGCACGUUACCUGACCCGGUACAACAGCAUGUGCUAUGUACUUAUCAAAUCUUGAGCCUCCUAGCAACGGGAGAAGCAUGUUAACUGUCCCAAGCUAUGAGACCCACUGUACAGCAUAUAAUUAGAAGUCGAGCAUACCAGUCCAUCAAACAGCGACAGGAC